GAAUUCGAGAUUAUCCGGACCCUUCAACCCUCCAACAAGCGCAAGGAUGGAGUCGGCGGCGCCGCAGGCGAUCUCGCCGUCAAAGGAGAGCAGCAUGCGGCGAUGUCCUGGCAACGAUAGAUGUGCUGAUUGCAACCGAGUGUUUCCGCAAUGGGCGUCUGUCACGUUCGGGAUCCUCCUUUGCCUGGACUGUGCUGGUAAACACCGCGCGCUGGGAGUUCAAACGAGUUACGUCAAGUCGCUUUCGAUGGAUGCGUGGGUGUCCAGGGAUCUCCUGCCCCUGGAACUUGGCGGCAACGGCAAGUGGAAUGCAGUGUGCCAGGCGGCCGGUCUUUCUCGCGUGUCGACUGCCGACAAAUAUAGGUCUGCUGCUGCCGACGUCUACCGGUCCAAGAUGCAGAUCGCCGUGCAGUCAGAGACGCCCUUCACCCUUGUCGACAUCCUCACCGUGCUGAACCUUCCGUUGGAUCCCCCGCCUCCUCCACCGAUCAGUCCCGUGCGACGCCACUCGUCCGCGAUCCAGCUCACUCCACCGCCCCCUCCACCAAAGUCCUGUUCGUCUCCCAACAUGGUUCAGCUGCGAAAACAAGCGUCCCUCGAAGUCAAAUGCACACUCUGCCACGACUUUGUCUCGCUCUCCGCGCUUGACUUGCACUCGACGCGCUGCGCGUCGUCCACCGACCUCCAUGACACGUACGAAGAGCUCGAGUUCGACACGAUCCUCGGGCGGCACCCCACCGACUCGUCGACGCCAGCUCCACUCGGCCUGAGCCUCACAAAGUCCACUCUCGACGGAAACACCCUUGUGUCAAAGGUCACACUGGGCGGGGACGCGGACGUCGCUGGCGUCAUUGUAGGCAGCCAAGUCCUUGGAAUCAACGGCCUCAAGACGUCCACGUUUGACACGCUCAUGCAGUACCUCAGCCAGCACGCGACAACACGCCCGCUGGCGUUUUCAUUUCGAAUACGGCGUCCCGUCGCCGUGCUGGACGUCAUCUUCAACGACCCGACAGCUCCUUCCAACACCACCACUUGCUGUGCAAGUUGGCCAGCCACGACGGUCGGGGCCUGCGAGAACUCGCCCGCGACAACGUCCCUUGGCAUGGCAGUCGCCAUGUCGGUGCACAACCAAUGCCGCGUGAUCUCGGUUGAAGCGGAUGGCGCUGCUGCCAAGCACGGCAUCGUUGUCGGGUGCACCAUUGUCGCGGUGAAUGGGGUGACGGGCGAUGGGAUGACGACAACCAAGCCACAGAGCGUGUUCGACUUGUUGCAGAGCAUGGGCCGAGCGCGGCCAUUGCGGCUGCGGCUACAUCGAUACACGACAGACGACGACGCGCUCAUUCGACUCUGGAGUGGCUGACGGCGGUAGGCGGGGUGGUCUAACCAACAAUGAAUGCCAUGUAGUCACAUG